AUGUUAACGACCAGAGGACCAGAGGGACCGAGGAAGGAGGAACAGGAGAGAUCAGUGGGGACCAGGAGAGACCAAGGGGGGACUAGGGGGGGGGGACAAGGAGACACGAGGGGGGACCAGGUGGGACGAGGAGAGAUCAGGGGGGAACAGGGACGGAAGAGCAGAGCUGGAGCUCUGGCUAAUGCUGUAGCGAGAGGCCCACACGCUAAGGUCAAACAAUCAGAGAGGAGGCGAUCAGGAGGUAACAAGCAGGAGACGCCAAAGCAAGAAGUAAUCAGAGGAAGGAACCAGAGAGGGAGAAGUGGAGACAGAGGAGAGAAGGAGAAAGAUGAGGAAGAGAGGAGGAGACACAGCAGAUGGGAUGAAGCAGGACUCAGCGAUGCAAAGUCCUCAGAGACCUGCUCCCUACUGCCAAUGGAUCUUCUCUAUGGUCAGUUUGAGACGCAGAGAGCGGCGCUGGAGCAGAUGGCAGUGAGACUGAGCAGCCUGCAGUACCCCAGCCCCACCAGCAGGAGGAGCUCAGCCCAGACUAAAGCCAACAGUCUGCAGCAGCUGGAGGCAGAGUACCAGGAGCUCUCUGAUUGGCUGAUGGACAUGGACGCCAUGGUGACGGACAGUCACCAGCUGAUGAUGUCAGAGGAGCAGAGGAUUCACCUGUUCAAGAGUUCUCAUGCAGAGCUGCAGAUGAUGGAGAGCAGGAGGAGUUCUCUUUUGUCCAGACUGGACCUGUUCAGACGCAACGGACCUGAACCGCCGCGUGACCUGGUCCACAAAGUCCACAGCCUGAACCAUACCUGGGACCAGAUCAAGAACCUGCUGUGUCUGGACUCCUCUGGCCGCUGUCCCUCUCUGCUCUCCGCUGCCCCUCUGGUCACGGCGGGUCACUACACACUGUCCCCCCUAACCACGUCUCUACUGCAACAGCUGGAGGCCAGGAUCAAAGAGCUCAAGUCUUGGCUUCGAGACACUGAGUUGCUCAUCUUUAACUCCUGUCUGUGCAAUCACAAGGAGCCGGAGCAGCAACUGGCCAGCUUCAAGUCGCUGUGCGCAGACAUUCGCGCUCGCCGCCGCGCUGUGGCCUCCGUCCUCAAGCUCUGUCAGAAGCUGCUGCAGCAAAACCAGGUGAGCCCCACGCUGGAGUUGGGCCCUGAGGCUCAGCAGCACCAGGAGGCACUCCUGCUGCUGUCCAUUAACCUGGAGAGGCGCUGGGAGGCCAUUGUCAUGCAGGCGCUACAGUGGCAGAACAGGCUGCGGAGAGAGAUGGGGGAGGAGCAGGUCCCUGGAAACUUCCUGGAGCCCGGUCUGGUCGACCUCCAUCAGAUCACGUCCGUGCAAAACACCGCAACGCCUGGAAUGUUAACGGACGACUCAUGGGAAUGGGAUGAGACUGACAUGACCCUCUCCGACUCCAACGAGGACACGCCAGAGCCUGUCCAGGAUCCAAACCAGGAACCAAACCACAACCAGAGAAACUCAAAAGUGUACCAGGUCUACAGCCUUCACCAUGUGGAGCGGGAGCCGCUUUUCCCACUACAGAAUGGGAAAAACAAGAAGCACAAGUUUUUGGCCAAAUCGUUGAGUAAAGACUCUUCGUUUUCGUCUGUGGAGUCGCUGCCGGACGUUUUGGGAGGAAUCCUGAAGCACAAGCAGGAUUCAUGGAACAAGAAGUCCAAGAGCGAGUUUGAAUGCAGGAUCUCGGUGAGCAGCCGCCGGUCAGGAAGCGAGAGUGGGAUUGACACCGGAGACACAGAGACAAUUACUUCAGAAAUACAGGAUUAUGAGGAGGGCAAGAGGGAGGACAGAUGCAAGCUGGAAGGAUUUGGAAAUCACAAGGAAGACUUGGGAAGUUUAUGUAGGGAUUCAGAAAGAAUGGAAGACUUUGCGAGUAGUUACAUGAAGAAGAAGAGAUCGAGGAAAUCAGGAGAAGCUGUUGAAAUGUUGAUAAAUGGACGCGGGAUUCUGACCCCGGCUGAUUCUGACUCAGAUUUAGACUUCGAAUCCAUGAAACAACUUCAAGAAAACAGGUCCAGUCCAGUUUUAUCUCACGGUUCGUCUCUGGAGUCGCUGUUAGCGCUGGGAGUGGAGCUGUUCCCAUCUCAGCACGGCGCUUACCGUAGCAUCGACGACAGUAACGAGGAAACAGCUGAAAGAGAAGAGUCUGAAUCUGUAAAAUCUGAGGAGCUGAGCCGCCGCACGCUGGAGCUUCUGAAGCGGCUGGAGAACAUCCAAAGCCCGUUAGGAGGAAGUCUGACCCGCAGCGUCUCCGAUAUGGCGCUGGUUAGCAUGUCCCCAAACCGCAUUCCUGCCUCUCCCUCUCUUGGCGGGAAAAUAUCUCCUCUGUCUGGCAUCGCUUUCCACUUGAGUCCACCGUCUUUGAUCCAUGAAGGCUCCGCGACCGCCUCCCUCACCGAGCUCAGCAGCGCAGAGGAGGUGUCUCAGGCAUCGGCCGAUUUCAAAAGCAGAUUCCUGGAUCCCGCUAAUGCUGCUAACACAGCUAACGCCAACUUCUACUGCAGAAAGCAGGUGAAUAGAUUGGAGGAGAUGGACGGGGCUAGCUUGAGCAUGGUGGUGAAUGUGUCGUCUGCGUGUACGGACGACGAAGAUGACAACAGCGACCUUCUAUCUGCGUCGACGCUGACUGAGGAGGAGCUCGGCGUCCGGGACGAAGAUGAGGAACGGUUCAGCGUUGCAUCUUCUGCUAACGAGGACGACCUGGACUCUCCGUUUGGCCUGGACGUCAUGCAGAAAGAGCUUCAGCACUGGAUCAGAACUCCCUUCUCCAGGUCUGAGAAGGGGCUGACAGACGAGCUCCAGUGCGGUGCAAACGUCCGCAGCGAGAGCGCAGAAACAACCACCACAUGUUCACAGCUCCCCAUUAGCAAACGCCACCGCAGUGCGCAAGAGAACAGGCGCAGCGCCACAAGGAGCUACAUCAGCCGAUACGCAGACGACGUGGAGAACGGGAAUGUGGAGCAGAGCUGGGAGCGGCGUAGAGAUGCGGAUGAGGAGCUGCUGCGAGAGGAGGCCAGCGUGUUUACAAAGAUACCUGCAAGAGACCUGUUUGUGUGCACCCACACGGAGGAGCCGCCGCAUGAUGUGAGCGAAGACGCAGACAAGACGCCUCUGGUGGAGCAGCUGCAGGGUGAGCUUCCGUGCCACAGUUCUCUAACGCAGACGCAGCGUGUGCCGCAGGGAACGUCACCGCUGCAAAAGACGAACGCCAGGAAAGCCAUCACCAUCCAGGAGAGGUUCAAGUUCAUGUCGUUAGUGACGGAGCAGGCCAGACGGGAGGUCAGGGAGGGGGGGGCUAAGAGGCGGCAUGGUUCGCACUGCUGUGGUCAUCGUCCUGGAUCCUCAAGUUUCUCUGAAGAAACACGACCGAACGAGGAGAACGUGCAUGACUUUGUGAUGGAGAUAAUGGACCUGACAAAUGCCAGGAAGAACCGAGCGCAGACGCAGACGCAAAUGCAGACGCAGGCCGGAACACAGGGAGCAACCAUCAGAGACAAGGUGUUGGAUCACACUCACCGGUCAGUGCAGCUGCGCAGAGGAGACUUCUACUCGUACCUUUCGCUCUCGUCACACGACAGCGACUGUGGAGAAGUUCUACAGCUCAACAACACCUCACCCACACCGGAGCUCACAGCCUCACCCCACUCCCCCACCUCCCCCAGUCCGGAUCCCUUCCCUAGUACUGAUCCCUGCCCAAGUCCGGAUCUCUGCCCCAGCCUCGAACAGUUUGAUAAACCCGCAGACAUGGUGCAUCCUCUGAGUCCGGACAUCCGCGACGAGGAGAAGCUCUUCCCAGCAUGCACUGAGGAGGUGUACCUGGGCCCCCCCCUCUGCUACAGCCUGAGCGCCCCCAGAGGACAGAGAGGGGUACUGCAGACCAAGACGACCCCCAGUCUGAAGUGUGACCCUGGGAACGUCCGCAGUGUGGGACUCAGCUACUACUCUGUGCUGCAGAGAGAAGACACAGGGGGCUGUCAAUCAUCCCGUCUCUUCAGUGAGGGCGGAGUCCGAGCCAUGACACCGUGA